UCAAAAUGGACGGCAGCGCCAGACCGCUGGGCCUGAGCGCCCACGACUUGCUGCGUCCUCCACCGCCCCCCCUCUUCCUGCGGGCGUCCCUGGAGCGGGGUUACCCGCGCACCCCCAAGUGCGCCCGCUGCCGCAACCACGGCGUAGUGUCGGCGCUGAAGGGCCACAAACGCUUUUGUCGCUGGCGGGACUGCGUGUGCGCCAAAUGCACCCUCAUCGCUGAGAGGCAGCGGGUCAUGGCCGCCCAGGUGGCGCUCAGGAGGCAGCAGGCGCAGGAGGAGAGCGAGGCGCGUGACAUCCGGAUGCUGUACCCCGGUGGGGGGCCGCCCUUCGCGCAUGCCGCUGGCGGCCACCCGCCAGAUUUGGAUGUUUUGCCAACCCUCGCCUUGAAAGACGACGAUCGCCUGAGCAAGUACCAAUACGAGGUCCCGCAUCGGCCAUCCUUGGAUCCCGAAUCAGGCAGCGAGUCGGACAAACUCAAGAACUCGCAACACGACACUCUGGAGUCAAGCGCCAGAUUGCGGAAAGGCGACAGCGUCAAAUCAGCCGAUGGUCCCGCCUCAUCUUGCCCGCUCAGGUCUUCUUUCGGGCCAGCAGGGACCAAGUCGGCGUUUGCGCCACUCUACAUUCCGCCGCCAUCCGCCAUAGGGGACGGCAUUUACGGGCUGAACCCUCGCUUGGGCAUCAACCCCUUAUGCUUGGCCUACUCGUCGGCGAACGCCACCAGCAUGGCCAGCAUGAUGACGCCAUACGUCACGUCAGGCUUGAUGCCGGUGUUCCCGCUGCGUCCUCCCCUGGACGCGUACUCGUUCCCCGGCGUGAUCCGAGACCUUUCAUACCUGCAUGGAAAGGAGCUUUUGUGCAGUGCCAGCGUGUAUAAGCGCCUCACCACUGACAAAUGACUCCCUCAUCACUUUUUUCCAAUACCUGUCAAUUUUGUAAAAUAAAUCAUAUGCAAAUAUGUUUUUGGUUUUUUUCUGUUUGUGGCAUGAAAUCAUGUAUUAAAGUAAUAAAGUCGGCCAAGAAAUGAUUUAUGCAAGAAAUAAUUUAUGCAAGGAAAACCUGCGUGAGGUAGCUAGUUGCUAGGCAGAGUUUCUAGGGCUAAGUUAUUUGAAAAAUAAAUGCCUGAUGCCAGUCACGAGUGUUCGAAUGGACAACAAGACACUAGGGUUUCAAACUAAGGUUAGGGUUUCAAACAAGGGUUUAGAACUAGGGUUAGGGUUCAAACCAGGGUUUUAAACCAGGGUUAGGGUUUCAAACUAGGGUUUUAAACUCGAGUUACUGCACCUUGCUUAGUUGAUCCACUGUUAACUGCACCCAUUACCGAUAUUUAUUGAUUGAGAUAAUUAUUUAACCCCAAUAAAAAUUCAAGCUAUC